GAAGAAGAAGGCGGUGAACAUGGCCAGAUACUUGGGGUUAUUUAACAAUUUUUAUAAAUAUUCACUUACGAAUUCCAUCACAAAAAAUGUUGUCUGCCCCCAAAUUAGUCCCGUCUUAAAUAUUGUGCGACAGACCAGCUUCUUCAACAAGCUGCCGGCAGAACAUUUAUGGAAAGGUGUUACCGCUGUAAGUAAUGCUGGUAAGAAGCGUGGCAGAGGAAAAGGUACAGGAAAAAAGGUCGCCAAGGAUUUGAAUCGUGGCCAAGCAAUUGGUUUCGGCAAGAAAAAUGUAGUUUGGCCCGGCCUUAAUUCACCGAUAAUCAGAGGCAAGGAAAUUGUAAAGCAACAAUCGCUGCCGGAAGAUCCGGAAAGAGAAAAGAACAUUCUCAAGUUGAGAGAUUCCUAUGGAGGUUUCCGUCAGAUAAAAGUAAGUCCUAUUGAUCGUGGCUGGUCCGGAUCAAAAUUGCCUGGGCGCAGUAUUGGAGCUCCUGAGGGUGAGAGUGAAGACUCCUUUGAAGGUUUCGAUACUCGCGUUCUUGAGAACAAAAUCGUUUUCAUCAUGAAGGGCAACAUGGGUCGCACAAGACGAUUCUCCGUUAUGAGUGUUACUGGCAAUGGAAACGGUCUGGCUGGUUUCGCUACCGCCAAAGCACCAGAAGCUCGCACGGCAUUGAGAAAAUCUAAAAACAGAGCUGGUCAGAAAUUAAUGAAAUUUGAACUCUGCGAUAAUCGUACAGUGUUCCAUGACUUCUAUUGUGCAUUCGGAAAGACAAAAAUAUUUGUAUCGAAAAAACCCGAAGGAUAUGGCCUAGUCUGCCACCGCGGUAUCCAGACAAUUUGUAAGGUAUUGGGUAUUAAGGAUUUGCAUGCCAAAGUUGUUGGCUCGACCAACAUCCAACACAUUGUAAAGGCCUUCUUUAUUGGCCUGCUGCAGCAGCGAACACACGAUCAAAUCGCAGAGGAGAAAAAAUUACAUCUGGUUGAAUUCUCCAAUGAUAAAAGUGGUCUACCAAAUGUUCGCGCCUUCGCCAAAGAUUGUCGUAAACCCGAAGAAAUUGCAAAGGAUGAAAUAAUGGACUUUACACAAUACGUCCUGGGCGAUAAGAUUGUAUUGAAAAAGAAGAAAUUCGAACCAUUCUACACAAAUACGGUGGGUCAUCAGUUGUAUCUCAAGAAGAGAGAUCCCCUACGAAAUCAAGAGCAAGUUAAAAUCGAUAUGUUGGUAAAUUAUAAUAAAAUUGGAAGUUUUUUAACCGAUAAAGAUAUACAAUAGGAA